AUGCUUGGUACGGUAGCGUCAGAAAAGACGGGGUUCCAGGAGCCAUGUAGGCUACCGAAACGGAAAAGGGCUACGAUGACGAUUUCUACUUAUAGCGAACCUACAGUUGGAUCGGAUGUGGCCAUUGAAGAUCUGAUGAUGCAACCCAGGAAGUUUCUUCACCGGGCUGACCGACGCAAGGCGACGCCACCCUCUGAACGCCGGAGCCAUCAUCGAGUGGGAACAUCGUUUGUCGGCUUCUGGGAAAAUAUCGUCAUGGACAACAUCGACGACGAAUAUGAACGAUUUGUAGAACAUCUUCACGACUGUACUAGAAAAGCGAAGAGUUUCAAAACCAGCAAGAGACGCCUGUCUUUGAAUACUCUAAAGCUGAUACAUCAGCGUGGAGCUGCACAAGCUGCAUGCAACCAAGAACUCACGUACGAGCUCGCAAGGAACGCGAUGAGAGGAUUGGAAUGGGAUAACAUGGGAGUGAAUGUUGACGGGAGGCAUUUACACCAUCUUCAUCUCGCUGAUGACAUCGUUCUUAUAACAUCAAGCAUCAAUCAGACGAAGUAUUGGCCGAGUUUGAGGAAACGUGUAAAAAGCUAUGUGUAUAUAGGUCACGAAAUCAACAUGGUAAGCAAUCUGACCUCCGAGCUGGGCAGAAGAAAACGAGCGGAUUCGGGAGCAUUCGAGAGCAUCGAGGAUGUAGUGAAGAGGACUAAGAAAAUCCGGCUCCGUGCUCACCUAUGCAACACCACCGUUCUUCCUGCUUCAGAAACGAGAUCGGGCAAAUGUGUUGGACUGCUUUAUCUGAUCGGCGAUGAUCUACAGCAUGAAAAGGAAACCUACAAGUGCUAA